ACACCCAAUUGCUCACCACACACCAACACUCACACGACAACAUGAGGAGGACAGCUCAAUGGGUGUGCCAGAGCUGCACUCGGGCACUGGCACAGCCCUCGGUGUCCACGAACAGCCGCCGGUUCCCCCGAUUCGCAAGCACAACAGCCUCACCAGCCUCGACGCAAGCUGCCUCUGCAGUCUCCAUACCCAGAGCCCUGAUCGAACGAGCACGCACCCUCGCCACAGAACACGACCAGAUCACAGCUUCUCUGUCCGACGACUUCGACCCCAAAGCGGCAAAGCGCCUCGGCGAGCUGUCCCGCGUCGCAAACGCCCUGAAAGAAUGGGACAGCGCGCAGAGCUCCCUCGCCGAACUCAAAGGCAUGCUCGAGUCUUCUGACAAGGAGCUGCGUGAGUUGGCAGUCGACGAAUUCAAGACGACGACGGAAAGCCUAGAGCGCCUGGCCAACUCGCUCUCGGCAUCGCUGACCCCACGCGACCCUUUUGCCGACAUGCCCUGUCUGCUCGAGAUCCGUCCUGGGCCUGGCGGUAUGGAAGGACGGUAUUUCGCCGAUGCGCUGUUCCGCAUGUACAAGCUGUACUGUCAACGCAUGGGACUGCGCACGAGAGUGGUCAAGUACGAGACCGUGGACGGCGGGACAACUGGCUUGGCAGGCGUCGCCAGCGAGACCCCUCUGCAGGAGGCACUGCUCGAGAUUCUCGAUGCGGGCGCAUACGAUGCAUUCCGCGGUGAGGCCGGCAUGCACCGUGUCCAGCGAGUCCCCGCGACAGAGAAAUCAGGCCGCACACACACUUCUGCCGUGGCUGUCUGGGUGCUGCCCUCCUUCCCUGAGGAGGACCCGGCAGCAGCGAUGGACUACAACGACCCUGAGAGCAUAUUCUACAUUGACCCCAAGGAGGUCCGCGAGGACAAGAUGCGCGCGAGCGGUGCUGGCGGGCAGCACGUCAACAAGACAGAGUCUGCUAUCCGUCUCACACACAUCCCCACCGGCAUUACGGUGGCCAUGCAGGACUCCCGCUCGCAGCACCGCAACCGCGAGAGCGCGUGGAUGCUGCUGCGCUCACGGAUGGCCCAGAAGCGCAAGGAAGAGCGCGAAGAGGCCGCGGCGGCGCUGCGCGACAGCGUGCUCAGCCGCGACAAGAUCACACGCGGCGACAAGAUCCGCACCUACAACUACAGCCAGGACCGCUGCACCGAUCACCGCAGCGGGCUCGACACGCACAACCUGCCCGAUGUGCUCGAGGGCGGUCCCAUGCUCAGCAAGGUCAUGGACAGCACGAAGGAGUGGCUUGUACAGAGGGACAUCCGGGCUUUGAUCGCCGAGGAGGAGGCCGCUACCGCUAUUGCGGCGAAGGAGGAAGCAAAAAAGGCGGCGGGCAAGUGAUAUGACUGAUGAGUUUUACGAAAUGGAUAGAGAAAAUUGAGGACCUUCGGCGUGACAUGCUUGUCAGCCGUCGGCAUGGUCAGAGAUAGACUUGUAUUAUACUGUACGAGAGAUAUACCAAAAGUGACAUAGAU